AUGUAUCCCUCAAGGAUACUCCGAUCGCACCAAGGCGAGAAGCCGAACAUCACCGGCUUUGACAUCAGGAAGUUCGCGCACUCGGCUGGACAACCGAGAUACGAUCCCUGGGAGCGAGCCGACAAUCCGGCGGAAGCGUGGCGAUACACAGGCCAGUUCACGCGCUGGAACCGCUUCAAGAACGCCUUCCCCGGCCUGGGAAUAGCGACCGUGGCUUUCAUCGCUUACGUCGGAUACGAGAAGUUGUUCCUUAGCGACGACCACCACGGAGAUGGACAUGGCGAGGAGCACCAUUAA